CAUGCAUUCUUGCUUCGUUUAAAAGCCCUAAAACAUGGUGCAUCUAUAUCGAAACUAACAUCUUGCGCAUCUCCUCAGUUUCUUCCCACAAUUCGAUCCGAUCUGUCGGGAGUUCAGCAAUAUACGAAGCAUCUAUAAUGCGAGUUGAUCGGCAUUUACGGGUUGAGCACCUGGAGAAGGAGCUUGCAGAUAUUGAUCCACGUAUAACAUGUUCAUUCUCCGACGAUGAUAAAGUCGAUCCGCCUUCUCCUAAGAAGCCAAAAAUUGAAGAGGAAGACGGAGAUGACGUAGGAAGUAAGAGCGAUUCCGAAAACCACAGUUCUAAAUGGAAAAUCGACAGAGAAGAGGCUUUCGAUAAGUACAUGACGUAUGUCGAAGAGCAUCAAGGGUUUGAUGUGAAUCUGGACCUUAUUCCUCCUUUCGGUUUUCCCGGGUACUUUGGUAUUUAUCCUGUGCAUUUUGAUGUAAAUCCCGGAAUUAACCAACUUGUUAAACAGGCCACACACCUCGCCAUUAGGAGAUACAAUCAUCUUAAUCCGAAGUCAAAGUUGGAAUUAGUUAAAAUUGUAAAGGCUAAUAGAAGCACGACCAUGUACUACAUAACUUUUUUGGGUGAAGAACUUGACACUGGGCAUCGCAGAAACUAUCAAACAAAGGUGUGCCAUAUGUUCUGGGCUGGAGACAUAGCCCGUACCAGAGUUUUCUUUGUGAGGCCAGAACCCGAACCAGGAAUGAAAGGCGAUGAUGAUGAUGAUGAUGAUGAUGAUGAUGAUGAUGAUGAUGAUGAUGAUGAUGAAGAUGAGGCCAAGGAUGGGGAUGCAGAUGACGAUGGUGAUGGAGAGGGAGAUGGACUUGUAAAAACUAAUUAAGAACAUGUGCAUGCCCAUCAAGCUGUGAAUUUAUUGGCGGUUAUUAAAACUGUGUUUAUUAGAUGUAUGGUAGUGUUAAACCUAUUUCGCGUUUGUGUUUUCUCAUGUCUUGAUUUUGCUCCCUUGGGGUACUUGGGUUGUUGAUACUUUCUGCUUUGUUUUUCAUUUUGAUCAUAUUUAUACAAUACAUGAGCUCAUGGGGUGAUCCAGAGAAUUGGGAUAUCGUGUGGUGGUGAAUACCAUAAAUGAAGUGGAGUUAAAUUUAUCAUUUAUGUAUAUUUUUA